AACAAAUAAAAAAGAAAAAACAUGAAGGUGACCAUGACAGUGCCCCUUCACAUUCAGAAAAGCCCUUGGUGCAAACUGAAGAGGAAGUCACUGAUGGGCAGAGUGAUUCCCGCUGUAUGCCUCUAAAUGAACUCAUCAAAGAAGAUUUAAAAGAAGCACUUUGUGAAAUACUUGAAAAAUAUAAAUGUGAUACAUGUAUGAAGAAAGAACUACCUCAUAUCCUUAAAGGAAGAAAACAACUAAGGGAAAUAUCUACAGAACAAGAACUAAGGAAGAAAUAUGACACUAAGUCCUUAUAUUCAGAAUACCCUGCUACCAAGACAGUGAAGGAAAUGGAGCAUGAGUACAGUGAAUUGCAGUACCUUCAUCUAAAGGAACUCAUUAAAAAAGAUUUAAAGGUGAAAAUUUGUGAUGUGCUUGGAAAAUACAAAAAUGUUUGCCCCGAGGAAGAAGGACUGCCUCGUGUCUCUAAGGAGAAAACAAGAUUAAAGAAAAUCACUGAAGAACAAGAAAUGGAGAAGUGCAAUGUUGAAUGUGCAUCCUUAUGGUCAUGGCCUUCUGUGAAAACAGAUGAGGUGACAGUAGACCAGCAGAGUGCACUACAGUACAAACACCUCAAAAAAUACAUCAGAGAAAAUGUAAAGGAGAUGGUUUAUGAACAACUUGAAAAUGCUGAACUUAUUAUUCAUCCUAAGGAAGAGCCUGCACCUGAUGACUCUAGAAGAGAAAUAUCCACAAAGGUUAAAGAAAAGAAGCCAGGGUAUCUGCAUGUGCCCCGUUUGAACUCUUUUGAGCACAGAAUUGCUGCACUGCGGGCUACCGCACACGUUGAACCAGCUCCUGCUGCCUGCCCUGGUGAUGCGGGUGACGUGGGUGACAUGGACAAGGCUUUCACGGCUGAACUGGCCCAUCCAGUUGCUUUGGCUGUCAGCACUGACCCUGAGAUUGCUCCUGGUCACCGCGCUGGCGACACCAGGGACCCUCCUCACAAUGCUGACCUGGCUCUUGACAAGCUCAGUAUUGAUCCAGAGUCUGCUCCUCUUUGUGGUCCCAGUGACACUAAGGAUCCUGCUAAGGACGCUGACCUAGCUUUUCACACUGCACAUCCAACUGGCCACUUCAGACCAAGCAUGAACACCAACAACAGGCCUGUCCUUCCUGUUGUUUAUGUCUGAUGACAUGGGAGAUACACCAGAUUCUACAAGGGUAGUCUGCAGAUCUUACCAAGAAGCUUCCAGUAAAAAGAACGAGGGCCAGGGUAAGUUAGUCCACAGUGGUUUAAAUAGAUAAUUUUUGUCCCAGAAAACUAAGUCUCUUUGGUACUAGUACUUAUGACUAAUAAAUUCCAUGUUUUAUAUGAGGAUACAUAGGCUUUACUUGGUACCAGAAGAAAGUAAUUUUUCCCCAAUUGUAUUGAAAAUAUAUAAUAUAAAAGUAACAAAGUCAGUUCAGUCCACCAAAACUGACCAAAUAAUGUUAGUUAGUUCAUGGUUGUCUCCUAUUCUGGAAUGAGAAUUAUUUUCUCUCCCAGUGAUAACCUUGUGUUUUUGGAGUGGCUAAGCAUAUACAGAGAUAUCUAACUGUUAAAUAUUAAUCAGUGUCUGCCUUUUCUGUGGCCAUACACUGACUUGUGAGGAUAGCAUCAUCUCGGAAACAAACACUCCAAAACAAGCAGCAUAAAACAAAAAAAGGAGCUUCCAAUUCACACACCUACUUAUACACAAUGAUGCUGAUGAUACUGCAUGAGAUGAUGCCAAUAUCGACACUGAUGCUACUGCCCAUAAUCCUCUCGAUGACGCCACCGAUGUUCCUGGUGAUACUGCUAGUAAUUCUUGCUUUUACUUUUCUUUCUAGUUGGUGCUGCAGUUGAUUGACAGUCCUCUGAAGCAGUCAAAUUGAUAUCUAUAUUAGCAAGAAUUUUAAAACAUACAGAAAUUCAAAAGAAAAAUAAUUCUCUGAAAGAGGACAUUCUAUUUAUUGAACUCUGUACACAUGUUGUUGUUAAUUUCAAUUAAA